AUGAUUGGCGAGCACCUUGCUGAAGGAGAUGAAUACAAUGUUGCUAUCAUGCAUGCUUUUGUCGACUUUCUGGAUUUCAGGAACUUCUUCCUGGAUGCUGUGUAUGUGUUUUUGCAGGCAUUCCGCCUUCCUGGAGAAGCUCAGAUGAUUGACCACUUCAUGCUCAAAGCCCCAGCUCUCCCUACGCCUGCCCCCGCUCUGCUAGAUUCCCCACGCGGCGGUGCGCCGCCUGUGCCUAGAAAGACAGCGGUCUGGACCGCUAUGACCCCGCCUGGCGCUAUGACCCCGCCCCUGGCCUAG